AUGUCUCCCCCCAAGAAAAUCCUCGUCAUUUGCGCCACAGGCAACCAAGGCCGCGGCGUGGUUCAGCAUUGCCUCGCGGCAGGUUACACCGUCUCUGCCUACGUGCGCGACCCAGCGACAGCCGCCGCCAGGCAACUCGCGCAAUCGGGCGCCACUCUUGUGCCGGGCGAUGUGGGCGACCUCGAUGCCCUGCGUGCCGCGACUCGCGGCGUGGACGCCGUCUUCCUCACCGAGGUGAAGAGCGGCGACUCCGCAGGCGACCUACAGCGGAGCACCAACGUCAUCAUUGCAGCCGAGGAGGCCCCCACUGUGUCGCAUGUUAUCGUGUCGACGGCAAUUACUGCGGAUGAGCAUGACUCUGAUCCACAAGAUCAUCCGAUGCGACAAUACUGGCGGAACAAGCGCGCCCUCGAGACCCGUGUCCGGGAAGCAGCGGAAUCAUCGGCCAUCCAGCACUGGACGAUCAUCCGACCAGGCCACUACCUGCAGAACCUCCUCCAACCAAUGGGUUCAUUUAUUUUCCCCGGAUUCGCGCAAGAUCGGGUCCUGCGUGUGGGGUGGCGGCCCGAGACGCAGAUACCCUGGAUGGAUGCAGCGGACGUGGGAAUUGUCACCGCGGCUGCGAUCGCGGACCCCGAGCGCUACUCGCAUCGGGCCAUUGACCUCGCUACUGAGGCGCUUACGGCGCAGGAGUUGGCUGGGAGGAUUGGGCGGGCUCUAUCCGUUCUCAGCAAGGAGGAUGUGCAAGUGCAAGUGCAGCAUCGGUCCGAGGAAGAGCUGGACGAGAGGAUCCGAGCGGGGGAUCCCAUUGCUCCUGCGCAGCAAUGGGCUAAUGGGGUGCGUGGAGAAGAUGUGGUGGCGAGCUGUCGGGAUGAGCUGGGGCUGCUUGCAACAAAGCUUACGUCGGUGGAUGCAUUUUUGGCCGCUCAUGCGUCGAGGCUUUGA